UAUUGAGAAAAGUUAUUUGAUACUGCUUUUAUUUAUAUAACGCGAAACAUCAUUAACAAAUGAGAAAAUUGCAUUAGGCCGCUCUUUGACAAUACAGUGUUCUUUGAUAUAAAAAAGGCUCAGGGAAGAACAACAAAACAGAGACAUGGGAUGCAACACUAGUAAGGAGAGUGUCCAGCCAGCGGUGGACGAGGCGAAGGAGGGUGACUCCGUCAAGAACGGGGAUAUCUCGAAGGCAGCGGAAGGCGAUACAGCGAAAGCGGAGUCCUCAGACAAGGAGAACGAGAAAGACGAAGAGGAAGAGAAGGAGAAAAAGGCAGCAGCAACGAAGAUACAAGCGGCUUUUCGCGGACAUAACGUUAGGAAAAGUCUAAGAGUGCCGGAUCAGACGAGGAGCGAGGAAGCAUCCUCAGAGCCUACGAAGGAACAAUUGCAAGAGGAAUUCCCUGCCGAUAAUCAAGAGCUUUGCGACGCAGCGGCGAAGAUACAAGCAACUUUCCGGAGCCACAUGUCGAGAAAGGAUCAGGCCGCCGCUGCCGUCAAAUCGGCGAUGAAUACGGUUGAGAGCGCGACUGCUAAGAUGGAAGAGAAGAUGCAAGAUGCUGUACACGAGUUAGAGGGGAUCGACUUGGCCGAUCCGGACUUGCAUAAGGCAGCGACUAAGAUUCAAGCGAGUUUCCGCGGUCACAAGGUCCGUCAGGAGGUCAACAUCCAUACUACUGCCGACGAAUCUAAAAAAUAAAACGCUUACUCAAAUGCAGGAACGCCAUUGGGAGAUAGAUUACUACUUAUUACAGCCAGUGCCAUUCUUAACAGGUUGAACGCCAUUCCCUAUUUCUUGUACCUUGUAACGUAGCAUCCGCGAAUUAAGUAAAUUAUGCGUGUAAACAGGCGAGGCACUCGAGAAAAGCCGAGCGACGAACAGCUGAACGAUAUUGGCUAUUAGUCCACUUUACAGACCAGAAAUUAUAAACAACAAUACCGUUUAUUUUACGUUGAUAAUUAAUCCAGCCUUCGCCCGGGACCACUAAGAUUUAAACGCUUUCUACUUUGGCUAGAAUGACGAUUUUUCAAAUGAAAUGUACACAGUCCCUGAGACAUAUAAAUGGGAACACUUAAAAUAUCUCUAUUGUUUACGAAUAUACGAACAAUUGUUUUGGAACAAAGUCACAUUAUGUAAAGAAGUAUGCUACUAAAUAAAAGAACUGUUCCUUCAGUCGAUCCUUAUAGAUCGAUUUUGAAUACAUCUUAUACGAUUCGCUAUAUGACCAUUCUCGAACUAUUCUUAUCCUAUCGACGUGUAUCUACAUUUUUUAUGAGUUACAACUGCCUCAUAUGGACAUAAAGACAGAUUGACAAGCUUUAAAGAACUUUUCAAGAUGAUAAUACAAUAGAAAUCAUGUGCAAAUAUUAUACGAAGGAAGGAUAGAAUAAGGAUAUAAAAAAAACUAAAAAGAAGAAAAAUAUGAUUUGUUGAUGUUGGUAACAUAUAAUUUCGAAUACAAAUUAUCCACGAUAACAGAGACAAGCAUGCAAAAACUCCUUUUAUCUGGUAGGUAUAAACGCGACAAACGCGAUACAGCAUAACUUUGACGAUUUGCGCAUGACAAACGAAGCAUUACAUUAAUGUACCAGUACCAUGUUAAUGUAUUAACAUAUACAAUGUGCAUGUUAAUUUUAAGUUCGUGUAUUUAUGUAAAAUAAACGGUAUAGCUGUGAUGGCUCCAAUUGCAAAGUCAUUAAUGACGGAAGUCUGUUUUACGGGUAUUCUUUAUCAUGACACACAAAUGUUCGCAGCACGGUUUCGUUUUUCAAUCGUCCCUAAUUUCUUGAAUAUCGUGAAAAUGGAAUGACCAAAGUGUGUUUUUUGACUGCACUUUCUACAUUUUUCUAAUAAUCUCUCCCUUUGCUCUUUCUUUCUCUUUCUUUCUUUCUACAAAGUUGAAUGUAUAAUAUAUGUUUUAAUCGAAAUGUGGAAGAAAACACGCAUUGAUCUAAAUGCGAGAGCUUGUGUCUACUUUUGAUCGUUACGCUAUUCAACCUGUUAAAUUUAGAGGGACUGUGAAUUUAGAGAAAUCUUUCUUAAUCUAGAUGUAAAAGAAGCUAAAAAAAAAGAGAGAAUUCCAAGCUUCAAAUAAUUUUGCAAAUAUGAAAAGAAACGUUUUAUUGUAUUUUGCAUUAUUAAUGCAGUAGAAUCUGUAUUUAAUGGAGAGUAAUACAAUAUAAACCUACACACAUACACAUCCACACACACACACACACACACAAUACAUAUACAUUUUGUCCAUAAACUUCAAUAAAUAGCCAGUAUCUCCACAUAUACAUUUUAAUAUACAUAAAAAUUACUAUAUCUAUAUCUCAAUUUGUAGAAUUUCUCAAUAAAUUCUUCGAUAUUGUAUGCCUCACUUGCAAAUUAUCUUUUCGAAUCCUUUUCGGAUAUUAUUGUAUCAAAGAUAUCUCUAAAACUAUGUGUUUAGGAAUCGCACGUAUGAUAAAUGCUAUCAUUGAAAAUGGGGCAAAGAAGUAAAGCAUUAAAUCGUGAUUCUACUGCAUCGAUUAAAAGCGUGUAUUACAUACUGGAUUUAUGACUGUUCAGAAAAGGCUGAAGAAGGUCCAAUGAGAUCCUUUCAGUAAUGAUCUCUCUAUGAGCUUACUUGCUCAAAACCUUUGUAUACCAAAGUUAAUAUUCUGUUCCAAUAAUCAAGCUUUAGGUUUUAUUCGUGUAACAAAAAGAUUGAAAUUGUUGUCCCUAUUGUGGAUAAUUACAGUAAAUUUUAUUGCCUAUCUAAUACAUUUUAUGUUGUAUGCAAAUUAGCCUAUCGAUGGCUGAAGCGGGAAUUGUUUUCCAGGCCUAAAAAGAUUCGCUUGUAUGUGUUACCGAUUCCUUUUUGCAUAUAAUCGUAGCAACGAUCAGUAAACGAUAAAGAUGCAUAAUGCGAGAUAGCGACCGAGAACAAUUUUGCAAUUGUACUAGUUAGAUUGUUGUUUGCUUUUCAAUGCAAACUUUAUUUAUUCUUAUUAUAUUAUAGAGCAGGAUAUCGCGAAUUUUUAUUGUUUUUACUUCCUCAUAGUCGUCCACAAGUUUUUCUAUAGAGAGAAUCUUAUUUUCAUUUUUCUACAUUUGUGAUUUGUACCGAUAUUUGUACCAAUUUGCUGCUAACAACGUUAAAUGAUAUACUGUUAUUAAACAAUAUCGUGUAACAUUGCCAUAUUGCACGUUUAGCAUUGAUUUUUAUACAGCACGAAAUAUUUUCAAUUGCAUCGCGAGAAUAUUGCAUUGUGCAAAUGUAUAGUGCAAUAUCGCAGAAACGUUUUAGAAAUGCAAGAUUGCAAGAUUUCAAUAAGAAGAUUGCAGCAAAAAUUUUGUCGUAAAAUUUUCAAGCUAAAACGUUUUCCUGCAACUUUAUACGGGUUAUGAACACUAAUUGCACGCAUUCAUUGAUAAAAUUUUGCAAUUUAGUGAUCAAUACAUACAAUAGAUACAAGUACAAACAUAUUGCGGCAAUAUUGCAACGAGCGAGUUCUUCAAAACUAUAUACAUUCCAUCCUAUAUAAUAUUUCUGCACGAUUGGUAUCGAUUGCAUAUAUACGAUAUUGUGCAGCUAUUGUUUAGCGGCAAGCAAAUAUCAAAGAGAUUCAGUAAGAGACGAAGACUCUCUAUUUCUCAAUUCCCAAUAUCUGAUACUUUAGUUUCAAUUUUUAGUCCACAAUUCCCGAUGUCCCGAACUCUUAGUAUCUAAGGCUCAAUUUCGAAUUUAUAAUAAUAACUCGUAACACUUUUUAAUCUCCAAUUAAAAAAUGAUAAACUUCCGACUUUCAUUCCGUAGUUACAGUCACAAUUUUUACCUACGGUACGAUUGCUGAUUCUUAAUUUGUGAAUAGAUACUGUUUCGAAUCACAUAAGAUUGCGCAUAAGGAUUGCUUAUAUACAUAUAUAUAAGUGAUCUAUAAUUGCCGCUUGUAGAAACUUAAAGCGAAGCUUUAACAUGGUCGGCAAUGAUCUAUCUUCGAGUAACGUUGUUUGUAUCGGGAUGAGCGCACACGAUGAUUGUGGAUGAAGAAUAUUUGUAUUGAAUCAAUAUGGAGAGAGAGAAACGUUACGAUGGAUAAUAGACAUUCUUGUCGAUACGUUACUUUGUCACAUAUGAAUAGUUUUAGUGGUGCACAAGACAAAAAUGUGGUAAAAUAUAUUGUAAGAAUGUAAUAAAAAGUGCUGCAAUACCGCUAAAACGAGCGGCUCGCAUGACAUGUAAUCCGUUUGUUUAAAAUACAUACCUGCUAACUG